CAUCGUUCGUGCGCACAGGCGGACGCUGUGGGUGUGUGUGUACACGUGGUUGUGCCCGAUACAUAAUCUCACGGCGCUCAGCUGUGUCUCUCCAGCCAGCGGGGCUCACUCUUAAACUCACAGAGUACUCUUGGCUGAGUCUUCCCCCAAAGUUUGUUUCCAGGUUUGCUAUUAUUUGUUGGGGUUCGUGAUUUUUAUUUUUUUGUUCACCUGCGGUGGUGAUUCAUUCAUUUCGGUUUUUUUGGUGGGGGAGGGGGUGCAGAUAAAGUUAGCGUUGAUGGUUUUUUGUUAACUUGCAAGCAAUCGGUCUGAACUUUUUUGAUCUCGUUUGAGCCGCCAGUUUGGACUUUAUUACGAGCAAAGUAGCCCCAAAUGAGCGCUUCGUCGAGACCCACAGAAGCGGAGAAAGCGAAGAGCGAAUAAACACUGAGCGGAGACCGAGAGAGCGAGCGAGAGGAACCGAGACUCAACGAGUGCGCAACGACGGCCGAAGAACGCUCCACCAUGGCCCCAGAAGCUUCUGCGGAUUACAAAAGCAACAGCAAAAGCAGAGAGCGAGCCGAGCAGGGGACGACGACCCAGCCGCAGCAGCAGCAGGCAGCCCAAGAGGUCACCCCGCCUCCUGUGCCUCCGCACCGCUCGCCCGUGUCCACGCAGAGUCCUCGUCUCCUGCCCACGUCUCCGCUGUCUCCGCUCUCGUCCUCCGGGGGCAGUGUCUUCUCGUCUCCCGUCGGGUCCCCCUGCUGCCAGCUGUCGUCGCCGGGAAGCGGCUAUCCGUCUCCGUGCUCGAGUCCCUUCUUCACCAACAUCAUCGGAGGCGGCAGCAGCCGAAGCACAUCUAGCUCGGCCACGACCACCACCACCACGACCGGCUCCUCCAUCUCCUUCUCCGCCCCGUUGUCGCCGUGCCUCGGGCCGCCCGAAUGGACUGAUCGUCCGCUCAAGUGCGUCCUGGUGGGAGAUGGAGCGGUGGGCAAGACCAGCCUCGUGGUGAGCUACACCACCAACGGGUACCCGACUCAGUACGUGCCCACCGCCUUCGAUGACUACUCGGCAUCUGUGAGCGUGGACGGGAGGCCUAUGAGACUGCAACUCUGCGACAUGGCUGGGCAGGACGACUUCGACAAACUGCGGCCGCUCUGCUACCCCAACACGGACGUGUUCCUGCUGUGCUUCAGUGUCGUCAACCCGAGCUCGUUCCAGAACGUGUCCGAGAAGUGGGCCCCUGAGCUGCGGGCUCACUGCCCGCGCGCGCCCCUCGUCCUCGUGGGGACGCAGUGCGACCUGCGGGGCGACGUGCGCGUCCUGGUGGAGCUGUCGCGAGCCCGCGAGCAGCCCGUGCCGCCGGCGACAGCGCGCGUGGCGGCGCAGCGCAUCGGCGCGCUCGGCUACGUCGAGUGCUCGGCGCUCACGCAGAAGAACCUCAAGGAGGUGUUCGACACGGCCAUCGCCGGGGCGGUGCGCGAGAGGCGCGAGGCCGAGCGACGCGCCGUCAAAGGGCAGCAGAACAACCAGCAGCAGCAGCACCCGCAGCAGCAGCAGCAGAACUCGUCGUCCAAGCACAAGGCGAUUAAGAGUCUGUCGCGCGCGUGGUGGAAGAAAUACGUGUGCGUCGUCUGAUGCGUUGCAUCAAACUGGGCUGCGAAAAAAAACUUUUUGCCCAUGGCGCUCUGAUGGAUUGUUUUAAAUGGUCCCAGAGGUCAGCGAUGAAUGUGGACACUUUGCGGAGUCGAUGGACAUCAAGUCGUUUUGUAAGCUUGAUGGGCGCUUUUCUUUGUUGCUGGACUGUCGCGCGGCGACGAGCAGACUGUUUAAUCGUCGCGUAGCGAUCGUUGAGCACGUAUAAUCUUGGUGAGAUAUUCAGCAAAGAUGCUCGGUUUUCCGAGAUUUCUUCAUACUUUUUACAGCUCGAUCCAGUCACGAUUCAAAUCCGUAGCAUUUGACUUCAAAAACCAUUAUGCUAUUUUAACCGUGGCUCCUGCCACGUGGAAUUUACCUAUCUGGCUCCGAGCAGAUGGAGGUGGUGGCUUGGGCGUCUUCUUGAGCAUCAUUUGUAAACCACUGUCUUUUUUUUUAAUCGCCGCGAUGAAAGUGUGGCGAAGCCUGCAUUUUAAACAAAACUGUUCAUCAUCCUGGGGUGAAGAACGCCCGCACGUAGCCGGCGGAGAUUGUCACCCGAAGAUUUGGCUCGUGCGACAGCCGAGCACAGAACGCUUCCAACCUCUGCCCAGCCCGCGUUUGAAUUCUCUCCUUUGAAUGAACCUCUCACGAACUCUUGCUUCCAAGAAAUUGUAUCCAUCUCACACAUCCAUGGGUCUUGUGUCGUUGGGCUUACGUGCACAACCUAUGCCUGGUAGACGUGUUUACGUGCCUUGCGGGGAAAAAAAAAGCCGACGCAAAAUAUCAUUUUUUUUUUGCACAGCUAAAUUUCCCCGCCAGCCCCUCACCCCCCGCAACCAACCCGCCCAGGAAGGGAUAGGGCGUAAUUCUCGAUUCUCACGUUUCCUCCCAUGACCAAGAAAACCGUACCAAUUGUUGCGCUAUGCACUUUGUGAAAAUGACCGGCUGCUGAAUUGUGUGUGCGUGCGUGGCCCAAAAUAGGUUUGUAAAGAACUAAACAAAGCUGGUUGUGCGCGCGACUACUGCUUGCAACGCAGUGUCCGUGCGAUUGUUGGCAUGCGCGUGUCUUUUUGAAGCCAGUUACGGAAUCUCCUAUACGUUUAACGUGCGCGCUCGUGUACGCACACACGCGAUGAAGCGUACCAAACACCGGGCGUCGGGGGGGAUGUGUGUGCCGUACGUUAUCGUGACGCAGAAAGAAAGAAAAUUGGGAUGACGGUGAACAUUCAUCGAGAUGAGCCAUCUGACCCCUUGCGUGCGCGCACGCGUAAACAUGGGCGCACGUGUCUUCCAGCGCGAGUGUGCGUGCGUUCGUUGCUGUAAUUGCGCAUGUGUGAGAACGUGCGGAAAUUGCGUGCAUCUUGUGGUUUUCUGCACGUGUGGCUGCUUGUACGCGUGCAAAGAAAAAAUUGGAAUUCAUGCGGCAGAGUUUUUGGUCCAAAUAUUGAGUGCACGACUGCAUUAACCACUACCUGUCUGUUGUGUAUUUAUCGUGUGAUUUUUAAGAAAAUUUCUCUUGCUCUCAAAAAAUCCUGUGCCUUCUAUUCUGAACACGCAAAAUGACGUUACCUAGCCCAUGCUGUGUCCACAAGUUUGUUCUGAUGAAUGUAAUUGCACCAACACGUGGUGCUUUUUUGUGAAUUCUGUGACAUUAGUGAGAGUACAACAGAGCAAAUAGUUUGAAUGACGCUAUGUAGAACAUUUGACAUUAAUUACUUGUUUUUUUUGUUUUUAAGUUACACGAGACCUAGCAAAAAGAAGAGAAUUAACUUUUUAAAGAUCAAUUAACCAUAGCAACAUAGUGUUUUUUUUAAUACCAAUGAUCUGAGAUUUUUAAUUAGCUUUUGCCAAAAUUAAACCAAUUUUUUCCUUAACAAAUAAACCUCGUUUUGAACAACGAUGUUAGUAGGUGCUACAUGUCUAUGUGUGUUUUGCCAAAUUUAAAUUUUCUCGAACGCUGUCAAGUUUCACUUUUGUCAAUGGAACUCCACCCGGUCGUGUAUUAUUUUCACAAACCACUUUGUUCAAAAGCGUGAAAAUAGAAAAGAAAAAACCGUUGGGAUUUUUGUUUGUAAGUUAAUGUUUUCAUUUUUGGCUUGAAACUCGGCACAAAUCUGCUGCAAUUUUUUAACAUUCCAUGGGAACAGAACGGGACGUAUGACAACGGAACGCGUUCCCCGCUGUGUAACCGUUGUCUCUGGAUUAUAUGAUGUUCCGGAAAGAGCAAUGCAAGCUGCUCUGGGACACACACCCCAAGCACAUGUUCGGUGUCAACGUUCCGCAGAUCUGGUCACACCAGCGCAUACGCACAUCUACCGGAUUAUAAGACCUUCAAACUUUUAAAUUACAGGGGAGGAGGUGGAUGGGGGGGUGGGGGUAGCGGGCAUCUUAUGAUCAGGGGAAUACGGCAUGUGCAGCGCACGAUGGCGUAUUUGAAUCUCGUGUGGAUGCUGCGGACGAUUUGUCAUGUCACAUCCGUGGACCAUUCAGCCGCUCGCCGACACUGUCUAACGAUGUAUUACUGUACGCGCGCAAGUGACCGAUCGCAUAAGAUGCGUGCGCUCGGAUCUGAUCGCCGCAUUUUGAUCGAAAGGAAGGUAGCGAUUUACAAAAAUGUUGUCCUUUCAAGAGCAAUGUACAUUCGUUCUCCGUUUUUUAAAAAACUUAUUUUGUAUGUUUAAACUGGCACUAAUGUAAUAUGGUAUGUAAAAAAUUUACCAAUAAACCAUCUCCUUAUGUAUUAA